UUAAAGUAAGCAGUAAUAUCAGCGUAAAUUUUUACGAGAAGUUUACUAAUCAUAUAUUCAGAAAUGAAAAUGCUAGUACAGAUUACUCUAGCAUUGUCAGUUGUUGGAACAGUGCUUUGUCGACCCAAUUAUCGAGACGGAAUACCUAAUGGUUAUAGUGUACCGAAUCCGUGUGGAACCUCCGCUGUUUGGGAUCCAGUAGGUCAUAUGAACCCUUUCCAUCACACACACAGCAAAAACCCCUUUGGAACUGCUUAUAGUACAUUUGGGAGAUCAUGGUCAACUAUUUGUAAGGAGGAUACAGACAGAGAUGGUAAAACAAAUGGCGAGGAAUUAGGAGACCCCAACUGUGUUUGGACACCUGGUCAGACACCUGCCGGUAAAGCAAUUGGACACCCAGGUAUAUGUGAACCAGUUGGAAGUGCUGUAUGUUCUUGGCAAAACUUUAGAUGCGACUGUCUUGAACAUUGUUAGUUGAGAUUUUCACUGUUAAUCUAAUGCAUGUUGUUAGAUUAAUGCACAAAGAAUUUGUAAUAUCACAUUCUGUUUAUAUCUAGACCUACAUUCAAUAAAGAAACAUACAUAUUGUCA